AUGCAACAACCAAGAGAGCAAAGAAGAUUUCAAGAGAGACAAGCACCCGAAUGGCACCCAAAAACAAAAUUAGGUCAUCUAGUAAAACAAGGAUUUGUUGAUGCUGCCAAAAUAUUCCAGUUUAGUAUGCGCAUCAAAGAACCAGAAAUAGUUGAUCAUUUAUUCAAAAACCUAAAGGAAGAAGUGUUAGUUAUAAAAAGUGUUCAGAAGCAAACAAAAGCAGGUCAAAGAACUCGUAUAAAGGCUGUUGUUGCUAUCGGAGAUGGAAAGGAAUACAUAGGUUUAGGUGUUAAGGCUGCCAAGGAAGCAGCAACUGCUAUAAGAGGUGCAAUAUUGAAAGCAAAGUGCAACAUAAGACCUGUUAAGUUGGGUUAUUGGGGUGACAAGUUUGGUGAACCACAUACCGUAAGUGUAAAGAGCACUGGCAAAUGUGGAAGUGUCAGUUUGAGAGUUGUUCCUGCACCUAGAGGCAGUGGCAUUAGGGCAGGCAGUGUGGCUAAGAAAAUUUUUCAAUUAGCUGGUGUGAAGGACAUUUUUACAAGUACAGAGGGAAAUACGGCAACUAAUGAAAAUUUAGUAAAGGCAGCUGUUAUGGCUUUGGAUAGGGCAAGUAAUUUUUAUACGCCUGAUUUGUGGGAACAAAAGGAAGUAGUCAGAAAUCCAUUUAUGGAGUUAAGCAGUGUUUUAGCUGAAAUUGACAAUUUAAAAAUUGAAUAA